GGGACCAGGCUUAUUAUGUGGAGUCCUCAGUUUCUGUCCUAAAGGAAGUUUGUAGUACAGGAAUGGCACUGAUUGAGUUUAUCUUUGUUUUGAGUGGUGCCUGUGUUGUCUUCUUUUGGGUGACACGCACGAUUAUGAUGCUUGCUCCAAAGGUCUUUUGGCCGAUUCCUGGGAAUUUCAUUACCUCAAUGGGAAAAUGGGCAGUCAUCACUGGAGGGUCAGAAGGAAUAGGAAAAGCUUAUGCAGAAGAGUUUGCAAGAUUUGGGCUGAAUGUGGUGAUCAUUAGCAGGAGUAAAACGAAGCUUGUCAAAGCUGCAAGAGAUAUAGAGUUUAAAACAAACAGAAAGGUCAUGGUCAUAUCCACUGACUUUACCAAGGAUGACAUUUACGGGAGUAUUCAGGAAAAUAUUCAGGGUUUGGAUAUCGCUGUUUUAGUUAACAAUGUGGGAAUGCUGCCAAGUUAUAUACCCUAUAAAUUACUGGAAACAAUUAAUCUGGAAGAGAAAAUGAAUCAACUGAUCAACUGUAAUGUGAAAGCAGUGGUCAAGAUGUGCCAAAUUGUCCUUCCUGGAAUGGUGGAAAGAGGACGGGGCAUCAUCCUGAACAUUUCAUCUGGCAUUUCUAAAGUUCCCUUCCCAUUGUACACUUUAUAUUCAUCUACAAAGGUGUUUGUUGAGAUAUUCUCACGAGGGCUUCAAGCUGAAUACAAAUCCAAUGGAAUUCUCAUUCAGAGUUUGUCUCCCUUUGGGAUCUCCACUGCAAUGACGGGCUAUCAGAAACCAAGCAUUUUUAUGCUCACUCCUGAGGGGUUUGUAAGGAGCUCACUGCUAUAUCUCAAAGCUGGGGAGCAAACAUAUGGCAGCAUCAGUCAUGCAAUCCUGGGCUGGAUACUCCAGGCAAUCCCCACUUGGUUGCUCAGACGUGAAUCAUUUCAGAUGAGCUUUCAGGCGUAUGUUAAAAAAGUGAUUGUAACCUAGCAUUUUGAUAUGCAUAUUAUUUAUAAUGCCACUUUUAAUUGCUGUUUGUUGUAUGUUACCAUCUGAAAACCACUGCUUGGGAAGCUUAAGAAAGUCUGGGACAUACCAAACCAUGAAACUGGAGAAUCUCAAAAUAUACUUGACAAUACUUCUCAAAGCAUAUAAAAUGCAGUAGCAGUGUCAGCCUGCAUUUGGUCUCAAGGAGAAAAACAAUAAAAUUAUACAUGUAUUUUUUAUUUUCAAUUUCAAGGAAAAUUGCUUUGGGCUAAGAGGCACAUUUAUCAAGUACACAUUAUUUUAUCCACAACUAACUCCUACAUGGAAACGGUGUGGGGAAAAUUCUAGAAUAAAUGGCUCCAUCUAGUGGGAACACUUCAUACGACUAUACAAAGAAUCAUUUCUUUCUCCUUAAUGCUUAAUGAUAGUAUGCACUUGAGCUGGCAUGGACUUCACAAGCAAACGUUAAGGAUCCAUUUUAGAUCAAAUCCACUGUAAUGUAGUCAUCCAUUGGAAUGUCUCCAUUGAAAACAUGCUUCAGUAGAAAAAAAGCAAUCUGACAUUUUGUACAAAGUUGAUGUUCAGUAUCACAAAUUUCUUUACAU